UGCAGAAAAGGUACGUUACAACACAGAAGACAAACGCAGCACUAGCGGUAUGUCUUCAGAAACAGACUCGGUUCAUCUUGGGAGUGGUUUCUAUUGCACCCAAGCUGGCUUCACAGCAAUGGAAACAGCGAAAAAUGACUGUGAUUGGACUGUUGCUCUUCUUGUUGGAGUUUUCGGUGAAGAUGCUAAAUUAAUGAGGGUUUAUCCUCGAAAGCCGGGAUUAAAAAAGUUUCCGCUUGGAUUCUUAAUGCUAGCGCAAAAUUUGUAUAGACAGCGAUUGAAAGACAGCAAUUAUGAAGCUGACAUUGAUGAAGCAGUCAAAUCACUACCGGCUUACCUCGCAGAUCGAGCGUUAGAUCUUGAAGGAGGAAGAAAUAUAACCUCUCGUGCAAAACGCUUUAAAAAAUCGAACAAUGAUAAUUAUAUAUUGAAGAGAAAGAAGGCAGCAGUUUCAUCUGCAGUUUUAACUGCUACAGCUCCAACUUCAACUGUUCCAUUGACUUCACAGAGCCCAUCAAACGUAAAAGAGAAAAAGCGAAACUUCAACAUGCCGCCGUUCUAGUUCAAAACAUAUAACCAAGAUAUCCAUACUAUAUGCCAUAUACAUUUUACAAAUAUUGUAACAAAUAUGGAAA